AUGCAACCACCAAAUCAUCAUUCGCGGAUCAAUAUUACUGAGUUUAAAGUUCAGAUUGUGAGGAAACUUGGGCCGGAGAUGUCCAAGCAGUAUUUUCAUUACUUGAAUAGCUUCUUCAGUUUGAAGUUGAGUAAGGUAGAGUUCAAUAAGCUUUGUCUUAGAAUUCUUGGGCGGGAGAAUAUUCCACUGCACAAUCUGUUUAUUCGAUCAAUACUGAAAAAUGCUUGUAGUGCAAAAGUCCCACCACAGGCAACUUACAAUGAUGUUGUGAAGCACGGUACACAAGUUAAUAUCAAGGAGAUUUCAACUGAUGGUUAUCAUCAAAAUAAACCCCAAUCCACCAUGAACCAGGCUUCUGGUUUGCCAGGUUCGGCAUAUGGAGGUGACAUUUUACCCGUCUCACCCAAAAAAGCUAGGACUGGGUCCCGUGAUCGGAGGACUGGAGAACGUCGUAGUGCACUUGGACCAAAUGAUGAAACAAGUUUUGCAUCUCAGCACUCGACUGCUACACAGUCGAGUGAUUUCAAUGUCAUCUUGGAUAAUGGGAACCUGAAUCCACUUGAUGGGAGGCCAAUGCAGCAUCGUCAAGAACUCAUGCGGCAAGAAGGGAAUGAAACGAUAAAUAUAUCAUCAAAUGGUCCUGUUUCUGUACAUAACAAUGACUCUACUGAAUUGCUUGUAAGAGAUGAAGGGAAAGAGGUCAAUGCAAAGAAACUGCUUAGAGCUCCACUUGGGAUUCCUCUAUGCCCAGUCAGCAUUGGUGGGGGCCGCAAAGCUCUGCCUCUUUCAAGUAGCAGUAGACAUUUUAGCACUUAUAACAAUGGUGCUUUGUUAGACAAUCUAACAUUAAGGGAAAGAAUGGAGCAGAUUGUUGCCGCACAAGGUCUCGAAGGGGUGUCAAUAGACUGUUCCAACAUACUGAACCAUGGUUUGGAUUGUUACAUGAAAACUUUAAUCAGGUCUUGCAUUGAACUUGUUGGUGCUAGGUCUGGGCAUGAUCUAACAAAAUGUAAUAUCUAUAAACACCGGGCUUAUAUGAAGCUUGUUAAUAGUGUCAGACCAGGUCAUCAACAGCAGAUGCAAAUUAGUGGUCGGCCUUUGGAUUUUCAAGAACAGAGAACCCACGGCCCCAUUUCCUUGCAGGAUUUUAGGGUUGCCAUGGAGUUGAAUCCUCAGCAACUAGGCGAAGACUGGUCGUUGCUGCUAGAGAAAAUAUGUACACAUGCAUUUGAAGAGUAA